CUACCAGUAGCAGUAGCAGUACCAGUACCUCGCUCGCUCGCUCGCUUCUCAGAUCCAAUCAUUAUUUAAUCCUUUUACCUCCAGUCUCCCACAUGAGCACUCCCCCUUCCUCCUCCUCCUCCUCCGCUCCGAUCCCAACCCUAGCCUCCCCUGGCAUGCGCGAUGCGGCGGACGACUCCGACUCCCCGCCGUCCCACAUGUCGGAGGACGACGACGGCUCCGGCGCCGGGGCGGGCGUCGACACCUGGGCGCCGGAUCUGAGGGGCGCCAACGGCGGCAACAACGGCGCCAGGUGGGCGCCGCCGGACCAGGUGCUGGAGAACGUGCUGGAGAGCGUGCUCGAGUUCCUCACGGCGCCGCGCGACCGCAACGCCGCCUCGCUCGUCUGCCGCUCCUGGUACGCCGCCGAGGCGCAGACGCGCCGCGACCUCUUCAUCGGCAACUGCUACGCCGUCUCCCCGGCCCGCGCCGUGCAGCGCUUCGCCGGCGUGCGCGCCGUCCUGCUCAAGGGCAAGCCCCGCUUCGCGGACUUCAGCCUCGUGCCCAACGGCUGGGGCGCGCGCGUCUCCCCCUGGGUCGAGGCGCUCGGCCCCGCAUACCCGCGCCUCCAGCGCAUCUGCCUCAAGCGGAUGACCGUCUCCGACGACGAGCUCGCGCUCAUCCCAAAGUCAUUCCCGCUCUUCAGGGAGCUCUCCCUGGUCUGCUGCGACGGGUUCACCACCCGCGGCCUCGCCGUCAUCGCCGAGGGGUGCCGGCAUCUUCGAGUACUGGAUCUGACCGAAGAUUAUUUCCAUGAGGAGACCGAGGUAGUGGAUUGGAUCUCCAAGUUCCCAGAGUGCAACACGUCGCUGGAGUCACUUGUAUUUGAUUGUGUCAGUGUCCCGUUCAACUUCGAGGCCCUGGAGGCGCUUGUUGCGCGGUCACCAGCUCUGCGUCGGCUGCGUGUGAACGACCAUGUGUCCAUAGAGCAGCUGCGUCGUCUUAUGGCAAGGGCACCCCAUCUCACGCACCUCGGCACUGGUUCAUUCCGCUCUGAGCCAGGCUCCAGUGGUGCUUCGUCUGUCUCUGACCUUGCCACCUCUUUCGCAGCAGCAGCCAAAUCGCUUGUUUGUUUGUCAGGUUUCUUGGAUGUCAAUGCAGAAUACCUCCCGGCAAUCUACCCAGUCUGUGCCAAUCUCACUUCCCUCAAUUUUAGCUUUGCGAGCCUAACUUCUGAAGAGCUCAUACCAGUUAUUAACCACUGCGUCAAUCUUCGCAUUUUCUGGGUUCUUGACACGGUGGGUGAUGAAGGACUUCGAGCUGUUGCUGAAACAUGCUCAGAUCUCCGCGAGCUGCGGGUUUUUCCUUUGGAUGCCACUGAGGAUUCUGAGGGUUCAGUCUCAGAUGUUGGUCUCCAGGCAAUCUCAGAGGGCUGCCGGAAGCUCGAAUCAAUUCUCUACUUUUGCCAGCGCAUGACAAAUGUAGCAGUAAUUGCCAUGUCCGAGAACUGCCCUGACCUUGUGGUGUUCCGCCUCUGUAUUAUGGGCAGGCACCGCCCUGACCGGGUUACCGGGGAGCCCAUGGAUGAGGGUUUUGGGGCAAUUGUGAAGAACUGCAAGAAGCUCACUAGACUUUCAGUCUCUGGCCUGCUCACGGAUAAGGCGUUUGCAUACAUCGGGAAAUACGGGAAACUAAUAAAGACUCUGUCUGUUGCCUUUGCUGGGAACAGUGACAUGUCUCUUCAACAUGUGUUUGAGGGAUGCACCAAGUUGCAGAAGCUUGAGGUCAGGGAUAGCCCUUUUGGUGACAAGGGAUUGCUCUCUGGCAUGAACUAUUUUUACAACAUGAGGUUCUUUUGGAUGAACUCAUGCAGGCUAACAGUGAAAGGGUGUGGUGAUGUAGCUCAGCAAAUGCCUAAUUUAGUGGUUGAAGUAAUGAAGGACCAUCCUGAUGAUGAAGGGGAGGUGGAUACCGUUGAUAAGUUGUACUUGUAUCGAUCACUUGCAGGACCAAGAACUGAUGCUCCUGAAUUUGUCAACAUCUUGUAGUACUGCUAUUGAAGAAGUUUGUUGUACGGACAUGUUAUGUAUUCUUGAUUGUUUCUGCUGUAUUCCUGAUCAAUUAUGUCAGAGCUAGAGAGGAAGCUCCCUGCGGAUGAUUUUAGAAAUGCAGUGGGAAAUAUGCACACAUUAUCAUUCAGUUGAGCAGACCCUCAGUUAUGUCAGAGCUAGAGAGGAGGUUCUUUUGUUUGAUGUAUCUUGAUGAGCAGCCCAUCUAGUGAGUACCUGAUGCCCAAUGGUAAUCUGAGUUAUUUUCUUCGGCAGCACCCGACUGAUGUCUUUGUUGUACUAUAGUUGAGAGUUGUAGGAACUGAUUGCACGGGAACUAGCUGCAUGCUGACUCCAAUUCGGCGGCAGAUUUUAGGUGGUUCCUUUUGCCCUCAAGCCUCCAGCCAUUAAUGUUUUGUCACCUAUUGUUUAAUUUAUCUGCUCGGGCGAAGGAAUGUCAUUGGCAUAUGUAACUAUGUUGGAAGACUGAAUGUUCCAUCAACUUUUUGCCCUACGUUUAGAAUAUCUCAGCUAGAUAAAUUUUCCCUUUCCAUUUUUUUAGUUUCCACAAGUUGUAUCUGUAGAUCAAUGUAGACCAUUAUCCCUUUUUAUUGGUCGCACUUUCUGCUGUUAUUAUCAAGAAGAUAUUGGAGGAACUGAAAUUCAAUCAGCAUCAAUUUGUUA